AUGAGCACAAGGAAGAGCUGCUCCCUGCCACUGGGGCAAGGAGACGGGGAGGAAAAGCAGAGUGAGGGUACUCCUGACCUGGAGCCACAGGAGCGUGAGGUGGAGCUGAGGAACAAAGCUAUUCUGCAACAGAAGAGACGCCUUAAACAGGCCACCCAGUUUGUGCACAAGGACUCUGCUGACCUGCUGCCCCUGGACGGCUUGACAAGGCUUGGCACCUCCAAGGAUCUGCAGCCACAUAGCGUGGUCCAGCGGCGCCUCUUGGAAGGCAAUCUGAACAAGCUGCGGGGAGAGACCAGGGUUCAGUCUGCAUGGGUUCAAUCUCCGCUGGCAAAAGACCAGGAUGAAAAGAUGGAAAAGGGAGAGGACAGGAGAAAAGAAACUUCACCCCUGCUAAUACAGUGCCAGUGCCAAGGUCAGGUAUUGAAAGCGACUGUUAACACUGGGUGUCUACCAAAUCUCAUCUCCAAGAGCUGUUUAAACCAGCUGGGGCUGGAAGAAGUGUCUGCCAUGGACUGUGGAGACCUCUCUCUUCCCAUCCCCAGCGUUGUUGGCCGAGUAGAACAUAUGGAGUUGCAAUUUGGCCAGGAGAGAGUGCUGUGUUCAGCACUGGUUGUAGAUGAUGAAAUGCUGGAGUUUUGCAUUGGUCUCCAGACUCUGUUGUCUCUCAAGUGUUGCAUUGACUUGGAGGAAGGAGUCCUGAGAUUUAAAGCACUGAGUCAAGAGCUGCCUUUUCUACAUGCCUCUGAAGAGCCUGGUCAGUGACUGGCUGCAUUGCCCGUGUCUGGG